CUCUUGGGGGAGCGUGUGCACAUGUUUGAUUGAUAAUUGCGAACCCCCUCGGAAUAUCAGCCUCUCCAAAGGACAGUAAGAAACAUACGAUUGCAACAAUUGUAAUACGGACGCCGUUUUUGUAAUAGGACUUAGUUUCGGCGCAUCACGGAGGCGGUGAGCCGCAGCACCGAGAGGCUUGAGUUUCUGCCCUAAACUGUGAUCCGUGCGAGAGGCUGAUCCAGGGCACCAUGAGCUCCAGGAGACCUAUCGGCCGCUCCUUCUCUUUGAACGGGAGGAGCGGCAGCGAGAAUGAAGAGGAUGCGAUGGUCCCGGCUAUCAGGGCGGACAACAGGAACUACCUGAUUAACGUCAGACCCGAGAAUCGGAGUACAUUGUCCAGUGUGAUGUCCCAUCUGACUGAGGAGACGCAGCCCUUGUUUGAGACCACCUUAAAAUCCAGGGCAGUGUCAGAGACUGCCAACGUGAAGUUCACCUGUGUCAUCUCAGGCUACCCAGUCCCCGAGCUCACAUGGUACAAAGAUGACAUGGAGCUGGACCGAUAUUGCGGCCUUCCCAAAUAUGAGAUAUUCCGCCAUGGGAAAACCCACACUCUCCACAUCUACAACUGCACUGAGGAGGACGCAGCCAUAUACCAGGCCUCAGCCAGGAACUCCAAGGGCAUUGUGUCCUGCUCGGGGGUGCUGGAGGUGGGCUCCAUGAACGAAUACUGCAUCCACCAGCGCUUCUUCAACAAGCUGAAACAGAAGGCUGAGGCCAAGCGUAGAGAGAGGGAGGAGAGUCGGCUGAGGGGGGAGAAGGUCCCGCCGAGGGUGGGCAGCCCUGAGCGCGUGCAGAGGAAACGCCGUUCCCCAGGAGAAGUGCACCCUGGGGUGCCCCCCCUGCCCCGAAAGGCAGGUGUGCCAGCGGAGCCCGAAGGCACAGGGGGUCCGGUUGUGGAGGCAGAGAUACCCAAUGGGUAUCCCGCUACAGCUGGAAAUACCCCAGUGGACGUGCCCAGUGAUGCGAGGAAGGAGGAAGGUGGCCAGUUCUUCCGGAACAUGGGCAGCCCAAUCAAAGAGCCCCUGGCCAAAAAAAAAAUCAAAACUACUAACGGGACAGCCAGCGAGACCACCUUCCAGAAAUCAGCACCAGGAUCUGGACCCGAGAAAGAACCUAGAGAUGGAGGAAUGAGUCUGUCCCAGUAUCUGGCUGCUGAGUCCCAGCAGGCUCAGGUGUCACCAGAGGAGACACUGAAGAGGAGCAAAGAGAGACGGGAGGGUGUGGGGCAGCUGCCAUCGAGCUCUAACAGCUCACCAGCAAAGGGCAGGGCGACCAGUAAGGAGCCGGAACAGCACAACACACAGUCUCCUCUUACCUCGGUCUUCUUCUCUUUGAGGGACAUUUUCUUUCGUGGUAAGAAGAACGCUGAAGACGUAGUGCAGGAUGGCACUGCUGGCCCAUUGCCCCCGGGUACUGAUUCCCUGCCAGUUGGCAUCCCAGUGGACUCUAACCAGGUUGCGGAGGAUGGGGAAUUGGUGGAGCCGGAAGAGAUGGAACAUCAGCCAACUGACACACAUGUGACCCAAUCAACCUCAAAGGCCGUCUGCCCUGAUGUCCCACAUGGCCUCAUGCAAGGACUCAUGAGUAGGGAGGAAUCUACACAAAUACUUUCUGAGAACCAGGCCACCUCAACCCAGUGGGAGAACGAACAGGACAAAAUUAUGGCGUCCGUGAAGGACGAAAUCAUCAUGCCAGAUCCUGUCCCUCAGCCAUUGCAGGAAUCUACGGUUCUAGAUGACCCAUUGCAGACAGAGGGGCACGACACACAUGUGGCCAGUGAGAUGGAACUGGCCGUGCAAGUGAUGCAAGAGGUCACUCCAGCAGGAAAGUGGGCCACAAUCCAAGAGAUGGAAACGGACAAAUCGCGUGGGGUUGGUCUGUCAGCCUUGAGUGAGCAGACAGAGAGCACGCCAGUGUAUUUCAAAGAAGUGGCAGAUAAUUUUGAGCCAACAGCAGAGCCACUGAAGACUGAUCUUGUAAAUAACCGUGUGACCUUGGAUCUUCUUGACAGGGACGACUUUCAUAUUAACGAGGGUCUAGACAAAAAUGCAAAUAAUAUGUCUGAAACCCGUGGAGAUGCUGGCUCCAUUGGGGAUGGGAAGAAUGAGAUGGAAAUGAAGGAAACUGUCAUCAAUAGUGAUGAACCGGGCACUAGAUACUUUAUUCAGACACCAGUAUUUUUGCAGCUGAAACCUCAGAUUCAUCAAGAUGUAGAAGAAGUCAUCCAAAAUGAGGUGAAAGACACAGGAAUCCAGAUUAAAGUUAUUCAUGAAAGUGAUAAUCUAAAUGCAGUCUCUCCUAACCUUGAACUAUUUAUACCUGAAGCACCUCAAGCAGAAUUGUCUGUGAUUGUUCCAAAGGUAGACGUUGUGAUGGAAACCAAAAACAAGCCGUUGACAGCUAAGGAUGCAGAUCAAUCCCAUUUACAGGAGAGGGAGGUUUCUGAGCUGGUGGCAAAGGAGAGUCAUGUACUGGUUGCUCCAGUGGCCCCUGGUGUUGCUCCCAACCUACAGAACAUGCGGAAUGAUGUAGCACCUUCACUAUCAAAUGAAGACAAACCAGAAAUAACACGGCAAGGUGAGAAAGACGGAAUGGAAGAUAAAAAGCUGCUUGAGACACGCACCAGCAAUAAUGUGCCUUUUAUAAAUGUCUUCUUCGAAGAUUCUGUUUUGCCCAGUAGUGCUAACUCUGACCCCAGUAAUGUGAGUCGCUCUACCUUAACAACUUCAACACUGCCACAUAAUACUGAGAAGAUUAUAGAUGCAAAAGAUGAGUUCCACAGCAAACUUCCACUGGCUCCAGACAAUGCGAAAGUACCCCAAGAAGCUACCGUGGACUCGAGGUCUGUUUUUGAUGAACACCAUACAGAUAAGCCUUCAGUUGAAGUGCUCAGUCCUACCAACCUCAAAACACCUCUGUUGAGUCCCACAACUUUGCGACGAUUUGCUUCUCAGAGAGCUGAUGAUCUGGGGACUCCAGAUUUUACAACGGUCCCUGCAAUUCAGGUUGACAGCAUCUCACUGGAAAGCACGGAGCCAUCACAGACCCCAUCCACCAUCCCAUCCUGCGAGAGCAUGGGCGGCAUCCCAUCAGCCACCCCAGAGGAACUCGCAUCUGGGGCACGUAGGAAGAUCUUUGCCCACAAAGCUAAAGGAGAGGACCCUGGCGGGGCAGAAGAGCACGAGGCCCCAGGGAAGAAGGAGCAGGAGCCCUCCUGCAGGUCACCUCCCCAAACUCGCAGAGGAUCCACCCUGAACACUCCUCCAACUGAGAGGCGCUCCCCUUUCCUGAGUCGCAGGAAAAGCACCCUUGAGGUACCCAAAAACCACGAGGAGACACUCAGGGAAACUGAAACUCCCAAGACUGAUACCAAACCAGCAGAGAAGGAGAAGCUAAACCCCUUCAAAGCUCCACAGGUUAUCCGCAAGAUUAGAGGAGAGCUCUAUUCUGAUGCCUCGGGACACCUGAAGCUUUGGUGCCAGUUCUUCAAUGUGCUCAGUGACUCCACUAUUAAGUGGUACAGAGAUGAAGUGGAGAUCAUAGAGGUGAAGAGGAGUGCAGGUGACGAGAGGCCCCUGGCACUGGCCAUUGUGCAGGUGAACAGUUGGGACUGUGGUGUGUAUGGCUGCUCCAUAAAGAACGAGUACGGGAGCGACUCCACGGACUACCUGCUCAGCGCAGAUAUACUGUCUCAGUUCUUCUUCAGGCAAGAUGUAGAAGUUGGAGAGGAGGUGGAAAUGACCCCAUUACUGUUCGCCAGAGGCCUGGCAGACGCCGGGUGCUGGGGUGCCAAGCUAUUUGGGCGCAUCAUGAGUGAGGAGUCCCAUGUGGGCGAAGGCUGCGGUCGCAAGACCAGCCGGGUGAAGGCCAUUUAUGGCCUGGAGCCCAUCUUUGUGUCAGGGACCACCUGCAUGCUCAAAGUACGCAACCCCAUCGCUUACGGGAGCCAGGAGGAGAGUGCCCUGACGGAGAGGAACAUGGAGAUCACGAAGCAGGAGUGUAAAAUACAGAACACGAUGCGAGAGUAUUGCAAAAUAUUCGCCGCAGAGGCAAGAACGAAAGAGAGCUUUGGCCCCUCGUUGGAAGUGAAUCCUGUGUAUCUAAUGUAUCGGCCUGGCAACAUGGUUCCCUACGCCACAGUGGAGACCGACCUCCAGGGCACGUACGUGAGAUACUGCCGACAGGACAGCGCCGGGAGGCUUGUGAUGAGAAACUCGUCCGAGACGGAGCAGAAGUGUUGUGCCUUUCAGCACUGGAUCCACCAGUGGACCAGCGGCAACCUGCUGGUCACCCAACUGGAAGGUGUUGAUAUGAAGAUCACAAAUGUUUCUGUGGCCACCAAAUCAAGGGGGUACCAGGGCCUGUCGGAGGAGGCUUCCCCGCAGGUGUUUGAGCAGUUCCCCUCCUUACACCAGUGUAACUACUACUGCGGCCUUCUCGGCCUAAGGACCCUCCGCUCCAUGGAGUCCGUGCAGCAGUCUGCCAAGGCAAAGCCCUCCAGAAGCCCCCUUAUCGCUCGCAAGAUGGGGGGCACGUCAAGCCCCCAGCAGCAGAGAAAAGGCUCACAUAGCCCCCAGACCGCCAGGAAGAGUACCUCUAGCCCAAAGGUGGUGAGGAAAGCGGGGGAAUCAGGGGAGGGAAAAGCCACUAAACAGAUAACAGCAGAGGCAACGCAAGACGAGUAAUGCAGCAUCACUGAUCUCUCAGAUAAGAACCCAGCACAGACUGAACUGUUUACUGGACUGGAUUUUUCACACAUUGGCCUUUUAUUCAUUAAUGGAAGAUGGUUGUGAGCUGGGAGGGGGGUCAGCCUUUGGCUGCCUUUAACUGGAGAAAAUUAGGCAAAUACCGAAUGUUAGAGCGUGUAAUGAAAGAGGCCAUCUCAUCGACAGCUGAAACUAGACUGUGGUGUUGAGUAGCAGAUGGCAUAUUGGAAAAGGACACAAACCUGGUAUCAAAUGGCAUCAAAAUUGAUUUAAGUCUGGGAGAGAUGACGCUCUUGUAACCGAAAGAAAGAUGUUUAGAAGAAACCCUUCAGUGUACUAUAAACCUGUAUAUCUAGGUAAAGUGUAAAAACAUUUAGAAGUCACAUAAAGAACAGAAUAUGACACAAUACAGUAAUAGUAAUUCCAAGACUUUUGAUUGUCUGUGACAGUACUAGGACAUUAAUAGCGACCAUUUUCUUUUGUUUGUUGGUCUCCGGUUGAGUCAACUGCUAAUUGAAGAUAAUCUUUAAUGAAGAGUUCUCAAUGUCAGACCAGGUGCAUGCUGGAAAUUUAUGCUCAGGACUAAAUGACCUGACAUGGAAGUUUCUCUUUUCCUGUAAAAAAUGUUGUGCUUUUCUCAUGUGGACAUUUUGAUUUUCUAACUGCUCCCAUUUCCAUGUUAAUUGAAUUCCUACUAUCAAAAGAAAGCAGCCAUAAUCCUUUCCAGGAUAAGCAGGAUAGAUGGAAAUGAACAGAAAUCUGAUUGAUUUAGAUUUAAUCAUAAAUAGGGAUUUAAAGUUUCCUUUGAUUAAUGAAAUUUGUCCUGUAAAAAACUGCAUUUAAAAUUGUCAUGAUUAUGUGGUUCUACUGCAGGACCACUGAACAUACUGUAUAGGAAUGGAAAUGUUUGGAAAAAUCUUUAAUGUUUUAAAAGCUUGUCUAGUUAAAACUGUUUUUGUUUUGUUUUGCACCAAACUCAAAGCAUUUUAAAAUUUAGUAUUUUUGAUUUUUUUUAGCUGUACAAUAAAAACAAUGGGGAAAUUAAAUAACUGUCCCAUAAUGGCAUGUAAACCCUUAAAUGUGCACUUUCAUGGCACUGAGUUAGUAACAUUGAAGUCACCAUGAAGUUUUCUCCUGAAUGUAUAGACUGGGGGGAUAGUUCAGGCCUGGUGUUUGUGGCAGGUGUUACAGCUGCUUGUUAUUUGUCUGGGUGAGUGUGUGGGGUCAGGACUGACUUUCCUGUCCUCUGUGGAAAUGAACAUUGUUGCCUCUUUCUGUAAUCUUGUACAUACCAACUUGUCAUUUGUGAAACUGUGGCAAUAUAGCAAAUGUCUUAAAAAUGAAUAAUGUUUUGUGUAAGCAUCAUUUCUGAUACGAAAAUAAUGAUACAUUUUUCAUUUCCAUUGUUUUUAUCUCUUUAUUGAAAACAUUGAACUACCAUAAACAUGCUCUUAUUUUCUAAAUAUAAGAACUCAGUUCUUAAAUAUAGAUAACGAUAAACAGAAAAUAAAAUAUUUUAACCAUA